UCCGGCAGCAGCGAGAGAGGCGCCUUGGAACGGGGGGGAGGAACGCCAGCAGGUAAAAACUGAGCCGGAAGGCACCAUGGGGCGACCCCAACCCAAGGCUGGGUGAAGGAGAGGGGGAGAGGGAUUCUCAUCUGCCGCCGCCCCCCUCCAAAAAUCCCUUGGUAGAGGACCCCCUACUUGGAAAGAGUCCUUCCCGUCUCCAGUUUUGCGCCCCUAAUAGACUUGAGAGGGAGCCUUCCUUUGGUGUUCUGAAUCCCCCCCCAAAAAAGACCAAGAAGCCCCCAAUUGUGCCUGCCUACCGCCCCUAGCUGGGAAAGAAUCCCCCUCCCCAAUUAAUUCCUCCCCCCCUUUAAAGUUUAGGAAAAGUCUACAGUUUCUACCUUCAGAACGAUGAAUUAAGGCCCCUUCCCUCUGUUGCAAGGCCUUCUCUGCAAGAUUAGAUUUGUCUGAAUCCCCCAAGUGGGAAAGGACUAGGGACCCUCCCUUCGAAAGCCCUCCUAGUUCCAAUUUCAGAUUUCUCUAAAUUUCAAGCCCACCUCCCUCUCGGCAGGGAGAGACCAGCACUGUCUACCCACUUUUGGGCUGGCUAGAAAAACACUGUGGCAUUUUUUUUAAAAAAAAACGUGGCUGCACCUGUGGACCCCAUUCAAAGGUCACUGCACACACACCCCACUGGCCCUUCCCCUUAGAUGAGCUUGAUUUUCAACAUGUACAACAGCCUUAUCCAUCCUUGCAAACCCAGGUACCCCUCUCCUCAGGCCAGUUCCACUCCCUUUUAAAGCCUUUGUUAUUUCUUCAGAGGUGGUAGACUCAGUUCCUCGGUGGAAGGAGGGGGCGGAGAGGCAGGGGGCGGGGUGUCCAGUUUGGCCUCGAUCCUGGCCAACUGCUCACCUCUUUGCCCAGGGAAUGCCUUUCCUAUCGUCUGGGCGUUGUGCCUCCCCAUGCCGUUUGCUACCUGGCUCUGAGUUACGUGGCUGGCUUGCCUGUUUGAGGCCUGCAUCCCAGCUUCCAAAGACAGCUGUUGCCAGUCUGGGUCUAAGCCCCUGGUGCUCCCUCUGUGGUACCCCAAACUUGGCAUUUCCUUGGCGUCGGCCCGCUGCCGCCUGGCGCUUUCUGCCUCCAUGGCGGCCAAGUGGUUCAAGGAGUUUCCGUCCAGCUUGAAAACGGUUUCGGAACGCGCCAAGCCAGGCAGUGCCGCCAAUCUGGGGAAGCUGUGUAGUGCCUCCCGCAAGGGCCUGAGUCCACCCGAAGUGGGCACGGCUUCGCUGCCCGGGAAGAACCGCAAAAAUUCAGCCAGUGAGCUGGGCAGCCCACGGACGCUGCUCCCGCCGGGGAAAGAUGGUGGAAGCAGCCGGCUUUCACGGGACAACCUUCAAGGGCUGUUGCAAGCUGCCGCAGGGAAGAUGCGCAAGAAUUCCCGGGUGGAUGGGACCCCUCCGGAGGAACCGGCCCGGGGGGCUCCCAAGGGCAACGCCAGCUGUGGGACCUAUAUCAACCGGCUCAUCAAAGUGGACGCCCACGAAAAAAAUGGGAAAAUGUACGCCGGAACUGCCACAAAUCCCACCCCAGUUCCUGCGCCUGAGCCAGAGAAAGCGAGACAGGAGACGGUUAUUAUUCUGGAAGAUUACGCGGACCCUUAUGAUGCCAAGCGUACCAAAGGUCAGCGGGAUGCAGAGAGGCUAGGAGAAAAUGAUGGGUACAUGGAGCCGUACGAUGCUCAGCAGAUGAUUACUGAGAUCCGAAGGCGGGGUUCCAAGGACCCUCUCGUCAAAGCCAUCUUGCUUUUGGACGAGCCAGCGGAGCCCGGGGCCAAGGGAGACCCUGUUGCCGUUGCUGCUACUGCUAAGCGCCAAGGGGCCAAACCCCCGCAACUCUAUGACACCCCCUAUGAACCGGCAGAGACAGGGCCCAAGCCGGAGGCCCGGCUCCCGGAGAAUGACGAGCGACCGCCAGCUGAGUACGAACAGCCUUGGGAAUGGAAAAAGGAUCAAAUUGUGAAAGCUCUCUCAGUGCAGUUUGACGGAUGUGAGAGACCCCCAGUGUCCAAGGAAGAGGCGCCAGCACCGCCGUGGCAGCAGCAGCACCGGCGCCAACGCAGCUGGCCUUCCAAGAUGGUGAAGCCCACGGCAGCUACAGAGCUGGGCAUGGAUGGGGAGCGCGUGGACCCUUCCCUUGCCUUGGAAAAACAGCCCUGGUUUCAUGGUGCCAUCACACGAGCCGAGGCGGAAAGCCGGUUGCAGCCGUGUCGGGAAGCCGGAUAUCUCGUGCGCACCAGUGAGACGGGCACCAGCAAGUAUUCCAUCGCCCUCAAGACGAGCCAAGGAUGUGUCCACAUCAUCGUGGCCCAGACGAAGGAUCACAAAUACACACUCAACCAGACAGGCGGCCUCUUUGACAGCGUCCCGGAGGUCGUCAGCUACUACUCCAGGGAGAAGCUGCCUUUCAAAGGAGCUGAGCAUAUGACGCUACGUUACCCGGUCGCUAUACCCAGCAAGGCCCACUAGCAUGCCCCCAUACACGCAUACCUGGAAUUGGAACUGUGAUCUGGUUGAUGAAGCGCUGGACCGCCUUUGCACGCAUGGAAAGACCACGGAUCAACAGAAGAUCCCCCACAACUCUACCUGGAAUCUCCUCCUCGUUGCGCCCAGACUCUUGAGUUUGUCACUCAUCACCUCCCCAGACACUCUUUCCCACGAAGACCUUUUCUGGCGUAGCGAGUCACUCUUUCCCAAUUAUUCUGGGUUCACCACCCUUCGUCAGUUUCGGGCAUUUCCCUUAGAUCAGGCGGAACGUUUGGCUCUCCAGAUGUUGCUGACCUACAGCUCCCAUCGUUCCUGGCCAUUGGCCACGCUGGCUGGGGCUGAUGGGAGUUGCAGUUCAGUAACAUCUGGAGGGCCACAGGUUCCCCUCGCCUGAUCUAGCUGUGCAGAUGAAAGAGCAGGACUACCGCGACAGAAGCGCGGCCUGAUCCUCAAGGGCUCCCAUAUAAGUUGUAUUGGACGCAAUAAGAAGGGUUGAAAUGUGUGGGAUACUCGGUGAAAUCACAUCUCAGGUUCCGGGGUCAACAGGGACAGGAGGAAGCUUUUCAUCUACCCCAAUACUGUUCUCAAAUAUCCUCCUUAAUUUUCUUCCAUAGGAGUGAAUGGGUGCCAUUCAUUCUUCCAGAGAAAAUACACAUCCACAUCAAUGUGGUAGGAAUUUGAGUAAUAUGUCGUUGUCAUAUAAAGGAAGCCAAACAGUGUAAUCCUGACCCAAUAGCUUGCUUUUUUCCAAGUUCUUUUUUAAAAACCACACAGCUAAAAUACCCAAAUUCGUUGUUUCCCCCUCUUCUUCUUUUUUUUGGAAGGAUCUAGCAUCAAAUUUUGGCAUCCUGGAGGGUUCGUAUAAAAUUGCCUAUAUUUUUUUCCCAAACCCCAAGAUGGCACCCUUGCUUCUGGAAAGGAUGCGGAUGGCCUGUUUAGGCUGUCCCUACGGUGAAUUAUCCCCAGGGAUUGUAAUUCUGCAAGGGUGCUGUGGGGGUGCCUAGCGAUGGAGGCUCCCACCAAUUCUGACACUUGGCCACUGAGCCAAUAUGGCUGCCAAGGCUGAAGCAGGGUGGAUGGGAAGGGAAGGGGCGGAGCCAAGAGACAGGAAAUGGUUAGGUAGUAGAAGAGGUACGGCAGAAAGGCAUAGGGGAAGGGCUGUCGCUCAGUGGUAGAGCAGCUGCUUCGCAUGCAGAACGUCUCAGGGUUGAUCCCCAAUGGCAUCUCCAGGUCUGGAACUUUGGAAACAGUAGACAGUACUGAGCUAGAUGGAGCAAUGGUCGGACUCUGUAUAAGACGGCUUCCUCUGAGUGCCCCAUUAGUGGAGUCAUCAUAUAUCUGCACAACGGACCUGAGGUAUAGUCUGCACCUAUGGCCAUGCACCCCGUCCGCAUAUAGCAACGUUUCCUAUGAAGCAAUCGCGGAGUGUCCCUAGACUUGUGAGGAGGACAGCAAAGGGUAUACACAGAGGAGGCCUAGGCAAGGGAUGCCCGUGCUUGUGGCUUGCGAUGUUCAAGAGAAUCUCCGCCUCCCUGUAUUGAAAUACGCCGCCAUGCAAGCUUAAAACGGACGUAAAAGUGGUUUCCAUUUGUGGUGUAGACGCACCCCGGUUCCAGCCUUCAUUCUGUUCAGUCGCCCACCGCAGCGUCAUCCAGGUGACAUCCCAGCUAUGGAGGCAUGAGGAAGUCGAUGGGAACGGAGAAAAAUUCACAAUAAAA